AUGCUCUCGCCGCCUCUCGGUACCUGUCGCCCGUCUCCUCUCGCUGCCUCCGCUUUGCGCGGCGCGGAGAAGAUGCGGCGGAUUCACUCGUCUUCAGGCCCCUCGUUGGGCGGCGACCGUCUCUCCUCUUUGCUUCGCCGCAUGCGACGCAGAAGCCCUUUCUGCCUCCCUGAGCCCGCUGCGCCUUCUUUCCGCUCGCAGGCCUCCGCCGCCGCCUACGCGUGGCCGGCAGCGCCUUCGUCGCCUCGCGGUGCGACGGCGUUGGGCUCCGUCAGCUGCUACUUCUCUCCUCUCCUCCUUCCGGCCUCUGUCUCUGGGUCGGGUCGACGCGUCGCCUUCUUCUCGCACGCCACUCUGGCUGCAUCCAGCGGCCUCCUCAAGCGCACGGGAGAAAUGCGAAAAGCGCAGACUUGCGCCUUCUCGACGGGGAGCGGCGGCAGUCAGGUCGUCCUGAGCAAGGAGAGACACAAUCAGCUGUUGAUGGCGGAGAUCACGGAGUUCGCGAUGCGGCCGUGCCGGCCUCUGACGCUGCAGGAGAUCGCCUACCUGAAGGGUCCCCACAUGCCGCCGCACGCAUUUCCCAGCGGCUCGACUCCAGAUCGCUCUGUGCUGCCUGCGCCGUCGCCAGAGUCCGUGCUGCCCGCCUCUGCGCUGCCCGCUGCGGUGGAGGGCUCCGAGGCUGCCGGAGAGGACAACAGCGUCGAGCUCUUCCUCUCCGUCGAGCUUCCGGUUCGCUUCGCCAGCCGUAUCAAGCAAAUCGAGGCCGUGCCUCUCUUCAACCAAGAGCAACUCAUCAUGCAGGUGCGACAGCUGUACGUAGAAAGCUUCAAACAGCUGCGCAUGUGCACCUGGACUAGCAAGGAAGAAUUCGCCAAGCUGCUCAAGAACUUGAAGCGUCGUCACGCGCCGAUCGCGCCCCUUCUGGUCACCGGCAUGCGCAACCUGAAGAGGCGCUGGCCGCACAUUUUCACGGACGGAUUCGUAGACGAUUUCCUUGAUAGCUUCUUCCUUUCGCGUAUCGGCACGGAAAUGCUGACAAGCGCGUAUCUCUCCCCAAAAGGAAUCGUUGAUUCUGAGUGCGACCCCAUGCAAGUCAUCAAAAAGGCCGCUGGAGACGCCGAGAGGCUCUGUCACUAUCACUACGGCUGCUGUCCCCGGGUCAUGAUCUGGAAUCACGAGAGAGCGCGCUUCGCCUGCGUGCCGCAGUACCUCUACUACAUUCUCUUCGAGCUCUUCAAGAACGCGAUGCGUGCGACGGUGGAGCGUUUCGGCGGGAAGGGAGUGCACCGGUGGCACUCGUGUGCGUCCGCCGGCGACGCCUCCCCCCGGGGCCCGCGCGCGCAGCGCGUUCAGUCAGCUUCUUCGCAGCAGCCAGCGUCGGCUACUGCGGCGGGCAAGGAAGACGAGACGAAUGGCUGGGCGCCGCGCCGCAGCGCCGGCACCUGGCACUCCAGUGAUAGCUUGUCCGGUGCAGAAGAGUGCGAAUACGACGGCUCCUGUGUGUUUUUCGGGCGCCCCCCUCACUAUGAGACCCGCAUCACCGAGACGGAUACUAAGCUGCCUCCUAUUCAGAUCGUCGUGUCUGGUGACGACCGCGUCAUCGCCAUCAAGAUGUCCGACCAAGGAGGCGGCGUCGGGCAAGAGUCAAUCGCCAAGAUAUGGAGCUACAUGUACACCACGGCUCGCCCAGUCGAGAUCGGCGUCAGCCAGCCGCCGACGACGCUCGCCGCGCCCCCGCCGCACGAGACCCCGUUCUCGCCGCCCACUGUGGGCUCUCUGGACGCCGCGCCUCCAACGAUUCCUGGAGCUGCCGUCGUCUCUUCGCCUUCUGGCGCCGACUCUUCCGGGCCUCGGGAUCCCGCGCCGGGCCCCGCCGGGUUCCCGCGAGCCUUGGGCUCCACGACGGCGGCCGGACGCGACGGCCGGCCCGGAGCGCUCGCUGACGACUCCGUCUGGGCGCAGUGGAGCUCGCGGCCUUCGUGCGCCACAGCCGGGCGAGAGGCGACGCCCGCUGGGCCUCCAGGCGCAGCGCCGCCCUCUUCCGGCAUGCGUCAGCCCCUUGCUGCUGGAGCGGAAGCGCGAGACGUUCGUUCUGCGGCAGAAGAAAGCCGCGCGGCUCUGGAUGGGCCCGCCGGCGGCAGCGACGGUCCGGGAGACAGGACCCAGGGGCCGGCGGCUCCGCCAACCGGCUCGGGCUCCAUGGGCCAGUCCACCCCACAAGUGUCUCCGCUCGCCGGCUUCGGCUGCGGCCUGCCGCUCAGCCGCCUCUACGCGUCGUACCUUGGAGGGAGACUCGAGAUUCUGUCGCUGCCUUUCCAUGGGAGCGACGCAUAUCUCUAUCUCAAUCGCAUUGGCGACAAGGAACGCAUGCCUCCGGACUCGUUUCCUCACGUCGGGCCCCGAGCGUCGCGCGGGCCGCUGAGGAGUCGGGAGGAGCUAGAUCUCCUCGGCCUUCCGCGAGACUGA